AUGGCCUCCUGCAAAGCUCUUCUCCUCCUAAUAAUAACCUUCCUUUCUUCCCUAUUCUUCCUCACAGUACAUUCAACAGCUGAUUUCCACGUUGGUGGUGAAGAAGGCUGGGUUGUUCCUCCAUCCAAAGAUGAACAGCUUUACAAUGAAUGGGCCUCCAAAAACCGCUUUAAUGUCAAUGACACUCUCCAUUUUGCAUACAAGAAGGACUCGGUUUUGGUGGUGACUGAUAAAGAAUACGAUAAGUGUCACUCUGUACACCCUAUGUUCUUCUCCAACAAUGGCCAAACCGCCUUCAUAUUGGACAGACCAGGCCUGUUCUACUUCAUCAGUGGGGUCUCCGGACACUGCGAACGAGGGAUGAAGAUGAUCAUCAAGGUUUUGGAUCCCGAAAGCCCACCUCAAUCAGCAAACCAGACGACGGAGCAUAAUAGUGGUACAACUGAAAUGGCUAGUGCAAUGUCUACUGCAACUUUUGUGCUCUUCACCAUGUCCUUCUUUGGGACGCUUUUCGCGUAAUUCUGGUGCAAUAUUAAUUGGUUGUUCUUUAUUAUCUUCUCAUUGUUUUUAGACUUAGCUGACUAAGGGUAACUAGUACAUUUAUUUCAUAUCUUAUUGUGGGAUUCUUUUUCUUUUUCUUUUUUAUAUUUGAUUUGUGCUGUUAAUGAGAUUCGACUAUUAGGGAACUAGUAGACUGCUUUCAUGAUUCAUUUUUCGAUUGUUAUUAAUUCAAUUUUAUUCUUUAGAUUUGUUAUUAAAUGAGGAUGAGCCAUUAAUUAUGAUUUCUUAAGAAUUAACCACCAUUUUGAUGGAAAAAAAAUUUUGUUGCUCUCUCACUGCCGAGUUCCAAUGACCAUAUUAACCUCACUCCUAAAUAUAGUCUUGUCAUCACCAAGUUAAACGUCAAGUAAGUCAAAAAAAAAAAAAAUUACUUUUCUUUUACCAUAUACACCAAUACUGCUCUAUGCAUUUUACUUUAUAUAAUACAUUAUAAAAUAUAUAAAUACAAUUUAAAUUUACCUUUUCACUGAAAUUAAAAUAAAAUUAAAACGCAAAAUAAUCUCA